AUGAAAGUCAAGAAGGCGCGCAUGAAGGGGGGCCCCGCCCACGCGGGUAAGGGGAAGAAGAAGCUUUCUUCCAAGGGGAGUAGCGCAAAGUCUAAAAUACUACAAAGGAAGGCCAAAGUGAUACCCUCAGGGUUGAAGAAAACUUCCAUGGGGAAGAAGCCAGUUAAAAACGCAGGUAGUAAGCGAUACAGCUGGUUAUUCGAAAAAGGGGGGGAGAAGACCAAACCUGCUGCGAAGACGGGGCGAAAAACUGACCGCUCAGGUGGAGACUCCCCCAAUAGCGAUAACGACGAAGUGGACAGCCAAAGCGGAAAUGAAAUACAACAUGAAGGAGGAGCCAAAGGGAGGAAGAAAAAGUUCGUUCUGUAUAAGAAUAAAAAGGGGAAGAAAAAUAAGAACAAAGGAAUGUUGAGCUGCUUCCACAAUCUGGGUCUAAGCGAAAACAUGUGCAGAAGCAUAUCAAGUAAUUUGAAAUAUAACCGCCCCACGGAUAUACAAAAGUUGUGCAUCCCAAAAAUAAUGCACAGAAAGGACAUCAUCUGUAUAAGUAAAACGGGCACAGGAAAAUCCCUAGUGUAUGUAAGUACGAUGAUAGACCUCCUCGCAGAGCACAGUCAAUUUUUCGGAGUUCGAGGUCUAGUGUUGGUACCCACAAAAGAGCUAGCCAUUCAGAUAUUUAAAUUAUCAAAAAAAAUUUGCAAAAAUUUUUUUAACUUAAAAAUAAAUGUAAUAAUCGGUGGAAUUAACUUGAAUAAACAGUUCGAUAUGUUGAAGGAAAAUUUAGACGUUCUGAUAUGCACUCCAGGAAGGCUGAGCUUCAUAUUGAAGGAAACAAAUUUAAGUCUGGAAAAAGUGGAAAUACUAAUCAUUGACGAAGCGGAUAGGCUGCUCGAGUUAAACUAUUUUAACGACAUGAAUAUUAUUUACAAAAGUUUGCAUCGUACAAAUAAGCAGACGCUACUAAUCAGUGCAACUCUCCCAACGGAUGUACAAAAUUAUUUCAAACUUAAGUUGAACAAUCCGGAAGUUUUGUCUCUCAGUUCAGAUAAUACAAUAAGUGAUAAAAUGAACUUACACUUUUUAUUCACCAGGUCGUAUGAGAAAUAUGGCGUUUUAAUUAAACUUAUUUUCCUUUUUAAAAAAAAAAAACUUGGAAAAACGCUCAUUUUUUUUUGCACAAAAUAUCAUAUUUUAUUUUUUUCCAAAAUAUUAUCCUCUUUGAAAAUUCCGCAUGCUAUGUUGUAUGGAAAUUCAGACACCUCCUUUCGCUUCGAGCAGAUUAGAAUGUUUACCAACAGUGAGGAGAUCCAGUUUUUACUCGUGACUGAUGUUGCUGCCAGAGGGAUAAACAUCACCAGUGUCCAGAACGUAAUAAAUUACAGCUUGCCUUUUUCUCCAAAACUUUUCAUUCACCGUGUCGGUCGUGCGUGUAGGGAUGACGCUAUGCCAAGUGGGUAUGCCGUAUCGCUUGUCACCUACCAGGACGUUCUCUACGCUUAUGAGAUAUGCUUCUUCAUCGGCAAGAAACUCAAGUUUUUCAAACGCACAGACAUCGCAAACACCACAGAAGUCGCCCAGACGAACGAACCCGUAGAGACCACGCUUGCUUCCCUUCCCCGUGACGUCGUCUACCUCGGAUCGCUCAACCACGUCAGCGAUUACGUCGAACUGGUCGACAACCAGAAAAACGCAGACGAGGAACUGGCCUCCCUCAACAGGAGCAUCCUGGCUUCCUACAAACUCUACUACGCCAUGAGGCCCAAAGUGUCCAAAUACGCCAGCACAAAGUGCGUCAAUAAAAUUAACAAAAUAGGAGGGGUAUACAAACUGUGCUUGUUUUAUCAUCCAGAUGAGAUUUACGAGAAUGUCCCUGCAGAUGCGACAAGGGAGGAUAUUAUCCCCAAUGAAAAGCAGCCCAAUGGGGAGGAGCUUGCACACGUGGAUGGCAUAUCCGCCGAUGGUGUGAUUAGCUCACCGAACGAGGGGGACCCCCCUGGAGGAGAUGCCACCAUAACCCAGCCGAAGAGUUACACCCACAACGAACUCAUGACGAUCAUACACAAUUUCCAAAGCAAUGACACCGGAAAGGUAAAAGGAAUAUCAGAAGACAUAAAAGAUAAGUUGAAUAAACUGAAGGAAAGGAUGCAGACGACUAGACGUGGCCGAAGUGCAGAACCCACCGAUGACAUGGAUGAGCUCAUGGGCGCCCUUGCCAUGGGUCUCUCCGAUGACGAUCAGGGUAGCGAUUACGAAUUGGAGCAACUGUGGAAGGACGGUGAAGAUGGUAGUGCAGGCCAAACGGAACCAAGCAACAAGCCGAAAAAAAUGAGCAAAAGGGCGUUAAAAAAGAUGAAGAAGCAGCAACAGAAAGGGGAAGAACCCACCAGUGGAGAACCAACGGAGGAGGGAGCAUCUCCAAACGGAAGGAACAAAAAAAGCAACAACGAUAUAAGCUUCGAUGAUAUAUUAAAAAAAAUAAAUAAAAAAAAAAUGAAACAAGAAACGGCCGCAGCCUUUGCCAUUAAAACGCCCGGAUUCGACUUACCUCCAGAUGAGGAAGAAGAAUUGAACAAACAGAGGUUCAUAAAAAAAAAAGUUUGGGACAAGAGGAAGAGAAAAUUCGUCUUACAAGAAAUAGAUACCUUUCAGAGUGAUGGGUUCAAAAAGAAGGACAGACAAAAAGACGUUGGGGUACCUGGCAAAGGUAACCACGGAGGUACCGCAGCCGAACCCACCAGCAACCUCUACCAAAAGUGGGUGAAGCGCACAAAGAACCGAAUCAAAAAUGUAGGAGAGUUGGAAGAUGAAGGAAACCAAAGGGAAAGAAAAACUUUUAUGAAGACAAAACGGGCAAACCGCCAUUCACGGGACGAUACCACAAGUAACCAGCUGGACGACGAAAAGCAAACCCACUUGGAAAUGCUGAAGCAGAACCAUCCGGAGAUUACCGAUUCGUUGUCCAGAAACAUCAAACUCACUAAGAAGCAGCAGAGGCUGUACAAGAAGUACCUCUCAGGCAGGUAUAUGGAUCCAGAACCAAACUCCGCCCUGCAUAAAAGUUUGCCACAGAUGCAGAAGGAGAAGGCAAAAAUGCUACAGAAAAAACUCAGAACAGAUAAGAACUUCAGGGUGAGAUAUGCACGCAUGAAGAAGAAGCGACAUGAGCAGAAGCUGCGCGAAAAGGAGAACCUGAAAAGUGCACGUUCUCGUUCCCUGGCCAUUGUUAAGAGGAAGAAAAUAGGCAAGCGGGGGGGCAAGGGGCGGAAGUGA